AUGGCUAACGUUGAGUGCGCCUUGGGUGCACAUCAAUGGGUGUACUUGGAAACAGUCGCAGCAACCUACAUAAAAAAAAUUAAUGAGACGUACAAAGGCGGAGUAAACUUCUGGAGUCUAAGGGAUGAUUUCUCGUACUGGAAACGUCAUCAUCAUCGGGACAAGCAUCCGGUAAGAGGAGAAGUCGACUGGUCUGAAUAUUACAGUUGCAAAGGAGAGGAAACUUUGAGAGAAAAUGAAACGGACUGCGUCGGGCUUUUCUCGUGGACGAUUCACGAAGGCAUAAAUAGCCCGUUUUCUCUAUCUACCUAUGCUAUUCUUCCAGAAGUGUUCAAAGGACUAAACCUGAAGGUGUUUUCAUUUAAUGUCAAUGGUCUUAGGAAAACGUCGGAUGAGGAGAAGUGGGGCAAGCUAUCCCAUAAGGUUCACCGCAGUCUUUACGAAGCAAGCUUGCAAGUUCAGUGUGAAGAUACAAUUUUCUGGCUUCUUUGUGUACUUCCUUUCACAUCCUACAAACGGGAAUUUCCAAUGGGUUCUCGUCCCCAUCACCGCACUGGCUGGUAGAGCCAAAGGUCUCAAAAAAGAAGGCGAGAAGUUGACAUACUUGGUCCGAGGACAAUAUACCGAGCAGUUAUUUUGCAACGAUCCAAAAUAAAAGAAUAACAUGAAAU